CACGCGAAAAAUUAGUGCCAACAAACGCAGAAAGACGAGAGCGGCGAGACGGGAAAUUUGCUGCAUUCAAUCGAUUUUCUAACGCCACCCGUGUUGUUGUGGCUCUCUGUCAGCGUUUGGCCAGGCCAGCAGUGACGUCAGCACACCCGCAGCACGCCGUCGCACUAUCCACCAUCUCGCUCGCGGUCGUUUUAUGACGUCGGUAAUUGCUCGCUCGACAGGCUCGACGCUACAUCACAUCAAACGCUGCUGGUCCGGCUCGCUUAUCGGUGGCAAACAGUGUAUCCGGCCGUCGGCGCUUCCGCAAUCCGUCGUACGCAACGGCAGUGUCCCCGUGUGUCCAUUCGGAACGAAGUUUAGCGUGAUGGGCAAACCGAAGGUGGUGUUUGUGCUCGGUCCGCCCGGCUCGGGCAAGGGUACGCAGUGCGAGAAGAUAGUGAAAGAGUUUGGCUACACGCACCUUUCCGCCGGGGAUUUGCUGCGCGAGGAGCGCAACCGGGAGGGGUCCGAGUACGGAGCGCUGAUUGAGGACAACAUUAAGAACGGGCGGAUCGUGCCGGUGGAAAUUACCUGCGCCCUGCUGGAAAAUGCCAUGAACAAAACCACCGAGGCGACCGGUAACGAUCGAUUCCUGAUCGAUGGUUUCCCCCGGAACGAGGACAACCUGCAGGGCUGGACGAAGAAGAUGGCCGACAAGGUCGAGCAGCAGUUUGUCCUGUUCUUCGAGUGCUCCGAACAGCAGUGCACCGAGCGGUGCCUGAAGCGGGGCGAGAGCAGCGGCCGCUCGGAUGAUAAUGCGGAAAGUUUGAAGAAGCGCUUCAACACGUACAUCAACGACACGGUGGCCAUCAUUAAGCACUACGAGGAGCUGCAGUUGGUGAAGAAAAUCGAUGCCAGCGCCGGCCCGGAUGCGGUCUUUGAGCACGUGAAGGCAAUUUUCGGCGAGCAGAAGUAGAUGAGUGUGGCGGGGUAGUCGGUAGGAGUACGAAGGCAAAACUACACGCUAAUUU